AUGGCAAACUGGGAAAAGAUUUUAAAUUUGAAACAUACUGAAUCAGACAUUUGGGAAGAAAAUGAAUUACAGAAAGAUGAGUUGACAAAACAGGCUUUUACAGUAUAUCGGACUAUCGCCAAUAUGAUUCCUCUACAACAAUCAAUCACGACUGACAAUGAAAAACCUUCGAACGUAAAUUCAAAGAGCAUUGGUCUUGAUUCACGUAUCAAGCAAGGAAAAAGGAAUCGUAUCAAGCAAGUAUCAUUCACGUAUCAAGCAAGGAAAAAGGAAUCGUUACUAUACUUGCAUUCAAAAAAGGAUAUAAUGAGACUUCACAGACUUUAUGGCUGA